GGCCGGCCGGUGUCGCCGCGCGAGCCGCACGCACGUCAGUUCUCGCUCGAGCCGUGUCUAUUGAGGUCGUCCGCUCCGAGAUCACGUGCGAAGUUUACUCCCGCGAAAGGAUUUUUCUUUGUCCCGAUCUUCGUGGACCUCGCCCUCGUAUUAUGUUUCCGCGCGAGACUCGCGAUCGACCUCGGCCUACUGAGGAGCCGGAGCGCGUUCUACUCGCGGAGUCGCAUCGGAACUUCCACUACUUACCGAAAUUCUUCGACGGAUACCCGGCUAAGCGCGUCCGCCGGGCGAUUUGAAGUUUCUGAGUGAACUCGUGAAGGAAUUUUUGUGUGUGAACUAUCGGACAUCGUAUAAACUCAUUCAGUGCUCUCGUCUAGGAUUCCCUCGCUCACCAUGUCGACGGGAAAGAGGCUCGCCAAGCGCUCCAUCAUAGGGACGCGCGUCGCCGCUCUGGUCGACGACGGUCUCUACUACUCGGGGAUGAUCCAGGCCGUGAAGACGCCGGCGGCGUUCCCGGAGAACAAUAACUGCAUCAACCUGACGCCGAACACCCGGUACACGGUUCGCUUCGACGGCGGCAAGAUCACCCGGGAGUACCGGGACGCGGAGCUCAUCGGGCCCGGCUUCCGCGGGAUGACCGGCGUCCGGCUCAAACCCGGCCAGAGGGUCUUCCUCACGUACAACGGCCGCGAGGUCCGCGCCGACGUCCUAGAGCACGACUACGAGUCGGACGAGAUCCGCGUCCAGGUGCACGCGCCAGCCGCAGAGCAGCCGAUUCAACUGGCGAAGAGGUUGGACGAAAUAAGGCUUCUGGAGUCGCGGAAAUCGGCCCGACUCGCCGAUGUGGACACCGACUUCGCCAGGCUGGCCGACAUGGCCGGGGACAGAAGGCGAGCCUCCGCCACCAUCGAGGUUCCUGCGCACCACAUGCAAGGGUCUCGCAAGCGCGGUCCCAGCAGCUCCUGCGACCUGGGGUACGGUGAACGAGAUGAACAGAUGAAUGAAUGUAAUGCUGCACUUGUUCUCAUGUCACUCAGUUGCUCACCAAAUUCACCAAGACCAAGUGCAUGGGGCGGUCGGUCCUCCGUGUCUCCGGGCGGCAGCAGCAGCUCGGGCUCGUCAUGGCGCUCCGGCACCCCCUCCCCGCCGCCCGUCUCGUCCUCCUUCAGCGACGAGGGCAUCGCCAUGGACUACGAGGACCUCCACCCGCGCAAAAAGAGGAUAAACAGUGUGGUCUUCGAAUGUACCUGGCGAGGCUGCAGUCACAUCACCAACAGCUGUUCAUCCAUAGAGGCACACAUCCGAAACACGCAUUUAGGGCCCAAAAAGGAGGGUGAGAGUGAUCACGAGGAGGAGUUCUACUACACGGAGCGCGAGAUAUCGAUGCCGGCCCCGCCGCCCACGCUGUCACACCGCGACAUGUGCCGCCCGCCCCACGAGGACCCCGACUACCAGCGCCAGCUCGUUGGCUCCUACAGGCAAGGAUUACUGUCAACUAUGCAGAACGGACCAGCGCGGCCGAUAAGCAUUCCUGUAACGCAUUCCUGGUCUAACUCACAUUCGCCGAAACAUUUGAAGAUCCCGGGCGUCAGCAGCCCGUCGAGCAGCCCGGGGCGGCGGCCGCGCUCCGACAACAAGAAGUGCCGCAAGGUGUACGGCAUGGACCAGCGCGACCUCUGGUGCACCCAGUGCAAGUGGAAGAAGGCGUGCACGCGGUUCGGCGACUAGCGCGCGCGCCGCCGCCGCGCCCCGCGCGCGCCCGCGCCGCUCGAGUGAACGCAACCUGACAAUACCGACCGCGGUCGAUCCGACCCCGACACGGACGAUCGUUCGGACGAUUCGGGUGCGGAUGUGAUACGUUUUAUCGAGAAUAUAUGAAGUUUUUAUUGCAGAUAAACUUAUACAGAUUUAAUAUAAUAUAGUAUCUAUAGAUGUAGAGAUUUAGGGAGACAUAUUUUUUCUCAAUGUAUGUGGCCCGUAUACGACUGCAUAAAGGACAUUGCCCACGUAUUUUGUAGCGCAGUAGAUACGCCUUCGCUGUGACGUGUGCGAGUUGUGUUAUGUUCCCGGCGGGACUGUGAAUAGUAGAUUUAAGACUUAUUUUAAGGAGACGGGACCUGCAGCAUAAGAAGAAGUGUUUCCCCUCGUACGCACUUCCCUCAUACUCUUAACUUAAAAAUCUAUUAAAGUCUAUCGAGUGCGAUUCGGAAGGAGGAUUAUUUUGCGUAGUUUCGAAGUAUAAAUGAUUAAUGAUGGUACAUAAGUUUUUUAUUAGAAUUAUCGAAAGGUAGCUGUUUAUUUAACGUACAAAGACUAAAAAGAAAUCGAGCAAUAAUCGUAGUAUUAAAGGAGAUACAAUAAGUGUAACAGUAUGAUGUUAGUGUAUUCCGUCCACAUCUAUAAACUUUGUACUUUUGCAGUUGCAUGUUCGGAUAGCAAUCUUUUUACGCUGCAGCUCCCUGGGAGUCUGAUUUCAGUGGCGGACUGCACGGUAAGGGUUAAGAAUAUUUAUAUUGCCAGGCAUUAACGAUCGUAUACCUAGCCGCAGUGUGGACCAUAGAAACAAAAGCCAUAGAAAUUCGAACAAUGGACGAGGUGCACACUGUGGAGUCAAGACAAUCUAACUCUUGAGCUUUCAAAGGCGUAACUAGGAUUCGGCCAGCACGAGGCGUAUUUCGAUAUCAAUAAAACUAUCUCGAUACCUACUUUAUACAAUAAUUUUUAGCUAUAUGUUUCUAAAGCGGAGUAUUGUUCAAAAUUUUUUAAGUGAUAUUAAGCUUACAUUGGAUUGAGAUGUUUUUGUUGUAUCCGUUUCUUCUCGAGUCAUAUUCAACUAUCCGAGCUUGUCAGUCUGUUUAUUUAGAAAAUUCUUUAAUUUUACCUACAAUUUUGGUUAUGCUCAAAACUACAAAAUGAGGGCCAAAGUGUCGGCCCUCGGAACUAGUUACAUCCUAUUACUCGUCGGGUAUGUACGCCUUCGUAAUACCUUAAUAACACCACAAGCUGCGCAGUAAAUUCUCUAAGUGGAUAAUUGUUCGGCUCGCGCCCCACACGAAAAUCAUACGAACCAUCAUCUGGCGACUCGGCGGAGCUCCCCGGUCGCGAUUUCGAGUGAUAUUUAUCACUAGUUUUAUGUAAUGACUGAAUAUCUAGAUUGUAUAAACAGAUAGUAAUAUAUUUAGUGAUGUAAGUCAUCUCUGAUUCGACUAAAAGACUACAAAAAUUUAGACUUAAAUUUUUAUGAACAUAUCUAUCGUAUACACCGUUGGGUUCUUCUAGAACAAGAAAACGAUACUCACGUCGUCCGGGCUCGGGCUGCAAACGCCCGAUGCCCUCGCGACGACUCGCCGCAUCUACUUAUUCCCAACACGCGGGCUCGGAGAGACAGUAAAGGCUAUGACUAGCGCUCUUGCGCUCGGAGGUUACGCGCCGAGGUCGACGACGGUGGCAAAAAUGCCCGGCACCUCGAAAUUUAAAAAAAAUUUGUGUCCACGCGAACCUCCAUCUCGAAUGGAAGAAACGUAUAUGGAAAGGAAAAAAAGUAUAAGUAAAGGCGAUUGCGAACUGCAAUAUUAUUUUAUAAGUAUUAUAUUUGUAAAUAUUAUAUUUGAAGUUGAGUAAGCAUAAUUAUAAAGUAAUAAUAUAUUGUUUAAAAGUAAUCUAAAAUAAAGCAACGUUGUCGUAACGUUAUAACUCUAGCGACUGUUACGUAGUUUGUACGUUGUGGAUGUUUUAUCGAUACGAUGCUAAAGUAUUUUUGAAUGAAUAUAAGCUCAGUCGGAGUCGAGCGUAGAUAUUAAGUUCGGACAAAGCUUGUAUGAUUAAAUCGUAGAUUAAAGUUACUUAACGAUCGGGCGGUAAGUUAACGCUUAAGCAGUAUAUCUAAAUAUUUUGGUUUAAAAAUGUGCCAACCUCUAACUCCAUAGAAGAUACUGCCGCACACACACUGUGCCGUUUUUCCAAUUUUCCUACUCAAUUAUUGUUCUCAAUUCUCUUGGUGCUAGGAAUAACGCACAUGUCGAACCGGUGUGCCUGAGUUUUGCGUUCCUACGACGUAUGUAUCCCUGUAGAUUUUCCCGUAUGUUUCCUAGCGGGUGGCAUCUGCCCGCUGCGCCAGUCGCACCGGCUGCAACUGAACCUAUACGUAACGUCAGAGUAUUUACAUAAACGUAGAUGUAACUACUGAGAUCUCACUACUUAGAAUACAAUCUAGAUCUGACACAAAUGAAAUUUAAUUAUUAUCUACAAAAAAAAUUAUUUUUAAAAAUCGAUAUAAAAAAUAAAAUGUUUAUUACUCGUCCGCAUCCUAAUAUUUUACUUUAUAUGAAUUUAAAACUUCGUGGGCAGUCCAAAUCGCGAGAGGCUGAUACCUAAGUAUUUGUAUGUCGAUACUCAAAAACGUUAAACCUUCGCGUUAAACAUUUGAAACGAAAUUAUUUCUUUAAACCAAUAAGAAACAUGCUGCUGCGUGUGUUUAACUGUAAAAAUUAAAUUAAAAUUCAUAACUCUUGCCAAAUUCAGUGCGAAGUAGGCUGCACUCGGAUCGUUCUCGUUCGGACGAUACGCCAUCGUCGGACUCGUACCUGCAAAUUUUACCAAAUACAUUUCAUUUGCAAUAACGGUUGUGAUAAACAUCAUUAGCUAUCGGCGAUGACGACUCGUUCUGUUGACGCAACGAAAUUCGCUCACCGAACCAAAUCACCCUAGAAUAAGUCAACAACUCAGCUAGCGAAUUGACAACUGCCAUAUUGUAAGACCUAGUUGUUAACGCGACUUAGAUUUAACGUAUGUUUAGCGGUGGUACGUCGAAGUCAUUAAUUAGUAUUCGUUAUCGUUAAGUGUGAUGACCGACCGUCCCGCGCGUCGUGCCGGCGGGUCCGUGCCCGACGGCUCGGCGUCGGGGCUCCGGUCGGACAGUGAGCUUCAUGUACGUAGAGACGCUAUAAGGUUUGGUUGUAUAUAUGAAUGUAGGGAGUACGUGUCGGUCACUGUGCCUUAUGAGUAAUGUUUCUUGGCGUGCGUCGCGCGUCGGCCUUCUUUUUAAUGAUCACUUCGAGGUCGUCAAAUAUUUUUCAGACGUUUUGAAGCAUAUCGAUGAAGGAAUCUUCAGAAAUUAAAUUUUCGAAUACAGAUGCAUAUUUUUGUGUACCUAAAGAUUAAAUAUUAUGUAAAGAGAUAGACCCCCAAAUUCUAAACAUUCGUUGUCGUGGUCGACUUUCGACCGGUAUUAUUUGUGUGAGUUCGCAACUCACUCGCUUCGGACUCUCGACGCGUACACCGACUUACGGUGCGUCCACAUUUGUAUCAUUUGCGCGAUCAGAUCUCCGAUCAGAUCUCCGUCGCGUAUCAUCGAAGCGUGUCAAAAUGAUACGCGUAUCAUGAUACACCCCGAUCGCUAUUAACCGCGUAUCUGAUAUGUGGCGUAACAAAUACACACAUGAUCGGCAGAAUGAUCUAAUAGGCGUCCACACUAUAAUACGCAUACUUGAUAUGGCGCGAUGAUCGCGACAGAUAUCUGAUCGAAGAUCUGAUCGCGCAAAUGAUACAAAUGUGGACGCACCCUUAUGAAUUAACAUUGCGCAGAUCUCAAACCGUUUUGAAGCUACUAGUUUAAUUUUAU